AUGCUGCGACGCCAGCUUCUCCUGUCGCUCGUUCUCUGCUUCAGUCGCUCGCUUGUCGCUGCGGACAACAGCAGCAGUCUUUCGUAUGAUGUCUUUCAAUACGUCGAUCCGUUGAUUGGAAGCGCCAAUGGAGGCAAUGUGUUCGCUGGCGCGUCGCUCCCCUACGGCAUGGCCAAGGCCGUCGCCGAUACCGACUCGGACAGCAACCAGGGUGGCUUCACCCUCGAUGGCAGCAACAUCACCGGCUUCUCCACGAUGCACGACUCCGGCACGGGGGGAAAUCCCUCGCUGGGCAACUUCGCCCUCUUCCCGUAUACCAGCUGCGCGAAUGACACCGUCGACGGCUGCGUGUAUCCCAAGAAGGCCCGCAAAAUCCCCUACGUCAACGGCUCCGUCCAGGCGAGCCCGGGAUACUUUGGCCUCACCUUGCAGUCGGGCAUCCAGGUCGACAUGACCACCGCCCAGCACACCUCCCUCUUCCGCUUCCAGUUCCCGGCCACCAGGGCCUCCAGCCCGCUGAUCCUGAUGGACCUGACGGACCUGUCGGACUCGCGACAGGACAAUGCGACCAUCACGGUGGACGAAUCGACCGGCCGCAUGACCGGCAGUGGACGGUUCUUGCCCAGCUUCGGCAGCGGUGACUACGUGCUCUACUUCUGCGCCGACUUCAAGAGCACGGCCAAGCUGCGCGACAAUGGCAUCUUCGUCGACUCCCGCGCCAGUGCCGACGUGAAGCACCUCAAGAUCUCCCGCAGCAUCAACGGGUAUCCGCUGCCAGGCGGAGCGUUCGUCCGCUUCGAGGCUCCCCCGGACGACACGAUUCUCGCCCGAGUGGGAGUCAGCUUCAUCAGCAGCGACCAAGCCUGCUCCAAUGCAGAAUCUGAGAUCCCGGACUUUGACUUUGAUGCCACCCAUUCGGCCGCAGUCAGCAUCUGGAGGGAGAAGCUCAGUCCGAUCCGCGUGUCCCGCGAGGGAGUGAACUCGUCCCUCCUCACCAGCUUCUACAGCAGCAUCUACCGGACCAUGAUCAACCCGCAGGACUACACGGGGGAAAAUCCCCUGUGGCAGAGUUCGGAGCCGUAUUUCGACUCUCUGUAUUGUAUUUGGGAUCUCUUCCGCUCGACGCUUCCCUUCCUGACCCUGGUGGAUCCUUCCACCGUCACCCGCAUCGUCCGUUCCCUCAUCGACACGCAGCAGCAUUUAGGAUGGCUGCCGGACUGCCGCAUGUCGUUGUGCAAAGGAUACACGCAAGGCGGAUCCAAUGCGGACAAUGUCCUGGCCGACGCCUUCGUCAAAGGCCUGACGGACGGAAUCGACUGGGAGGCCGGAUACGCAGCGGUGCAGAAAGACGCCGAGGAGGAGCCGUACGACUGGUCGAACGAGGGCCGGGGCGGCCUCCUCAGCUGGAAAUCGCUGCACUACAUCCCCGUGCAGGACUUUGACUACCUGGGCUUCGGCACCAUGACGCGCAGCAUCUCGCGCACGCUCGAGUACAGCUACAACGACUUUGCCAUUUCGCAGAUUGCGCGCGGACUCAACAAGACGGCCGACGCGGAGAAGUAUGAGGAGAGCUCGCGGUACUGGCAGAAUCUGUUCAAGAAGGAUCAGACGUCCUACCUGAACGGGACGAACACGGGUUUUGUUGGAUUCUUCCAGCCCAGGUAUCUGAACCAGACCUGGGGGUUUCAGGAUCCACUGACCUGCUCGAACAUCGACACCAGCGGGAGAGCGUGCUCGCUUCAGAACGACGGUGCGGAGACCUUUGAAUCCAGCAUUUGGGAGUAUCAAUUCUUCGUGCCACACGACAUGGCUACGCUGGUGACCCUGCUCGGAGGCCCGUCGCAGUUUGUCCGUCGACUGGACUACCUCCACGACCAGGGCAUCACGUACAUUGGCAACGAGCCGGCAUUCCUGACGGUCUACCAAUACCACUACGCCGGGCGACCCGGCAAAUCGGCGCAGCGCGUGCACUUCUACAUCCCGUCGUACUUCCAGCCCACGCCGGACGGACUGCCGGGGAACGACGACUCGGGCACGAUGGGCGCGUUUGUGGCCAUGUCGAUGAUGGGCCUGUUCCCGAACCCGGGGCAGAACGUGUACUUCAUCACGCCGCCGUUUUUUCCACACGUCGAGAUCCGGUCGCCGCUGACGAACCGCACGGCGACGGUGCGCGUGAAAAACUUCGACCCGACCUACCGCAGCAUCUACAUCCAGUCCGCGACGCUGGAUGGGCGGCCGUACGCGAAGAACUGGAUCGAUCACAGCUUCUUCACCGAGGGCAAGGAGCUCGUUCUAACGCUGGGCCGCAACGAGAGUAGCUGGGGGACUCGACCGGAGGAUCUGCCCCCGUCGCUGUCGACCAGGGGAGGAGCUAAUCUGGAAGCAAGGUGGAGUGAAGACAUGCCUUCGUAUGCUGUAGGCACGCAUCAUGUCCGAGACCAUCUCAGCUAUCAUGCGCGAGCGCUGAGAGGGAAGCAUUUUGACAUUUACACGUAG